AUUUGGAAAAAGUGGAAAUACAAUUUUAGAUAAAUUUAUUUCUGAAAGAAGAUUAAAAUGGAUUCCCUAUGAUAAAUUUACAAAUGUUGUAUAUCUUGAUAAAGGAGGGUUUAGUACUAUAUAUAAAGCUAUUUGGUUAUAUACAAAUCAAAAUAGAGAAGUAGUCCUUAAACAUCUCAAUAAUUUGAACGAAAAUUUAGAUGAAUUUUUAAAUGAAUGGAAAUGUCAUCAAAGUUGUUCAAAUUCAUAUGAUAUUAUUAAUUUAUAUGGAUUUACAAAAAGUUCAGACACUUUAAAUUAUAUGGUAGUAAUGGAUUAUGCAAAUAAAGGUAAUUUAAGAGGAAAUUUAACUAAAGUAAUUAAAUGUAAUUGGAAACAAAAGUUAAAUAUGUUGUACAAAAUUAUUUCUGGGCUUUAUGAAAUACAUGAACAAGAUCUUAUUCACUGUGAUUUACAUGAUGGCAAUAUUCUAAAUCACAGCAAUAAAAAUGAUGAAGAGGAGGAAGAAAACGAAGCUGAUAAUAAUUUAGUUUUUGUUAGUGAUUUAGGAUUAUGUCAACCUGUAAAAUCAUCUUUAAAAAAAGGUGAAGUUUAUGGAGUUAUACCAUUUAUGGCACCUGAAGUUUUGAGAGGCAAAUCUUAUACUCCAGCUAGUGAUAUAUAUAGUUUUUCUAUGAUUAUGUGGGAAUUUACAUCUGGUGUUCCACCAUUUAAUGAUAGAACACAUGACCUUCAACUUAGUUUAAGUAUUUGCAGAGGCGAACGUCCUAAAAUUAUUGAAAAUAAUCCAAAUUGUUAUAUGGAGUUAAUGAAAAAAUGUUGGAAUGAAGAUCCAUUAAAAAGGCCAACUGCAUCAGAAGUGAAAUAUAUUAUUGGAAAUUGGAUUUUUCAGCCAAUUGGUAGUGGAAUUAAUGAAGAAUUUGAAAAUAACAAAAUGGAAUUUAUAAAUGCACAAAUUGGGCGUAACAAUCUUACUACUGAAUCUCAUCCACAAGCAUGUUAUACAAGUCGCUUGCUUAAUUUUACUAGUGAAAAAUUGAAUGAAAUUCUUGAAAGUGGAGAUUCACAAAGUUAUUCAUCUACUGGUAUAACUGAAGAUUUGAAUGAUUGUAUAGUCGAAGAUAUGAACAAUUAG